CUCCUGGUUCUAUACGGUUCUCAGACAGGAACAGCAGAAGAGAUGGCUGUUCAUGGGUCAUCCAGGCUUGCGCUUGCUGGUGCAGCUCCAAUAUGCAAGAGCUUGAGUGAAUGCUCGCUUCAAAGUUUGCAGCAGGCAGAAGCUGCUGUCUUUGUCGUGUCAACUACCGGAGAUGGUGAGGCUCCGUUGACCAUGAGACGGUUUUGGAUGACCUUGCGAAAGCGGGACCUUGACCAAGCGUGCCUUGCAAAUCUCAGUUAUGCUGUGUACGGUUGUGGAGAUUCCUCAUACCCCAAGUUUAACGCGGUAGCCAGAAGACUUGAUAUUCGCCUCCAAGCUCUGGGUGCCAAGCGAUUGUGUGAUGUAGUGUUGGGUGAUGAGCAAUCC